AAAAGACAAUAGUGGUAUUGGCGGCAGAGGAGCUGGUAAAUUGACAGAUAAAGUAAUCAAUGAGUUGAGUUUAUACUACGGUCUGGCAAUUCGUCGGCAUCCUGAUUGUUUGCAGAGUAUGAAGAAUGAAAUAUGGGCUACUUAUUAUCAUAAAAGUUCAAGCGAUAAGAAUCCACAACACAUGUACUGCCCAACUGGUUCGUCAAGCUGGUGUAAAUGGCAACAAGCCUCAGCUGAGAACACUCUUGAAGAGUUUGUCCACGAACAUCCCCCCCUGGAUGAAAAAGUACUGAAAGUAAUUGAGCCCAUUUAUACCAGUUUAUCGUCUGACGAUUUACUACAUCGAUGUUUGGGAUCCGAAACUCAAAAUAACAAUGAAUCGCUCAAUUCAUUAAUAUGGACUUUUGCUCCCAAGCAUAUUCACGCUGGAUCUCAAACAAUUCAAAUUGCGAAUUAUUUAGCUGUUGCCAUUUUUAAUGAAGGUUAUUUACCCAUCUUAAAAAUGAUGGAACUUAUGGGCAUCACCGUUGGUACUGAGGCUCAUUCAUUUGCUAUCAGACGUAACGAAGUUCGGAUUGAGCGCUCUGAGCUACGAGCUACUGCUGCUUCCAAAGAAGGCAGAACAGCUCGAUUAGCUGAAAGAACUUCACAAAACAUCGAAUAUGAAGUUGAGGAAGGCCCAAUGUAUAGAUCUGGAAUCGCCGAUUAAUCCAAAAUCACUACAAGGGCUGGAAUCAUGUCAACCAGGGUGCACCGUUUUUUUUUGUAGCCCCCACUUCACCGACCUGUAAUUUGUCCAAUUUAUCAUUUUUUUUUUUUUUCAAUUUUUUUUUAUAUUCUUGAAACGUUAAUAAACAUCA